GUGUACUCUGCAGAGCAGUGUUCUGCUGACUGCAGAAGCUCUACCUGGCAGGGUAUGUCAGUGCGUCAGCACUAGGGGAUGGAGAGAGUGAAUGAAGAAAGAAAAAAAAACACAGAGGAUCAAUCAGAGUGACUGCAGAGAGAGGAACCUAUACACUGCUUACACAAACACAUCGCUCUCACACGCGCACACACACGCACACAUACAACACACACGUGCUGCUUUUCAUGGCUCUGCUCGCACACACUUUUUUGGAAGUCAGGGAAGGAAUAUGUGGGUUUCCUCUUUUUGAAAUGUGAAGCAGACCCCUGGUGUAGUGAUAGAAGAUGCUACCUGUGUUGAUCUGGGCCCUUGUCUCUCUGAGCUUGGCGGAUAACUUGGACACAGCAUACCCUGAACUGGAGCACUACAGGACCAUCUACGUACAAGAGAAUGGCCCUCGGCUCUCUGUGGUGACAGAGCAGUCCAAAGUUGUGUCCAGGAGGGGGGGUAACGCCACGCUGCCCUGUAAGUUCCACAGAGAUGAGUCGCUUCCUCCCAACCCCAAACUGAGGAUCAAAUGGACCAAGCUGACCUCAGACUACCUCAAAGAGGUGGAUGUCUUUGUUGCCAUGGGUUUCCAUAAGCGUAGUUACGGAAGUUUCCAUGGACGCGUUUACCUUCAGAACUCUGCUCCUAAUGAUGCAUCACUGGUCAUCACAGAGCUCACUCUAGAGGAUUAUGGGAGAUAUAAAUGUGAGGUAAUCGACGCACUGGAAGAUGGAACAGGCGUAGUAUCUCUUGACCUGCAAGGUGUUGUCUUCCCCUACUUCCCUCGACUGGGUCGCUACAACCUCAACUUCUUUGACGCUGAGCGGGCGUGUCACGAGCAAGACUCUGUCGUGGCGUCAUUUGACCAGCUGUACGAGGCGUGGCGUGGAGGUUUGGACUGGUGCAACGCCGGCUGGCUCAGUGAUGGAUCCGUCCAGUACCCCAUUACCACCCCCAGGGAGCCAUGCGGGGGAAAGAACACGGUCCCGGGCGUCCGUAACUACGGCCUGAGAGAUAAGGAUAACAGAUACGACGUGUUCUGUUUCACCUCCAACUACAAAGGGCGGUUCUACUACCUGAUCCACCCCUCCAAACUGACGUAUGACGAGGCCGUGAACGCCUGUCAGAAGGACGGCGCCCAGAUCGCCAAAGUGGGUCAGAUGUACGCGUCCUGGAAGCUAUUGGGCUAUGACCGCUGUGACGCCGGCUGGUUGGCUGACGGGAGCGUCCGUUACCCCAUCACCCGACCCCGCAGGCGCUGUAGCCCAACGGAAGCUGCCGUGAGGUUCAAUGGUUUUCCGGACAAGAAACACAAGCUGUACGGAGUCUACUGCUUCAAGGGCCACAACUGAGGAUCCCCAAUACACUCACACACACUCUCACACUCUAGACAAGCUAUUAUAUUUACAGAGGGGUGGGCCAGGACGGGUGACAAGAGAGAAGGAGGUGACGAGGGGGAAGUUACUGCUAUGAAACAAACACAUUCAAACUGUGACGCUUUCUUUUUGAAUACUGUAAAACGAGAGGUUUGAAACAGCCAUUUACACAAUCCAUUAAUAUUGUUUUUAUCUGGGAUCUGAUAUUGUACGGGGAUAGUUUACACAUAUUUAAGGCUCAUGUUAUUUAAUCUGUUAUUUCUAUUCAGGAAUAGAAAGGGAAGUGGAUAUGUGGGAAGGGGGAGGGAUGGCAAACACCAUGUCCCAGGGUCCUAUGCUGAAGUGGUGCAGGACAGGGCGUGCCAUAGCUUGAAGGAUGUGCUUGGGCUGAGCAUAACACACCAGAGCUUCUAAUAAUGAUACCUUCGGGGUACUUACCUGUCCUGGCCAAACGUACCGAGGACAACAAAAGAGCAAACAUAUUUACAUAAAAACAAAAAGCAAAGAUGGCGUAGAUCAAGCUGUUAUAUAAUUAUAUUCUAGAAUGCAACUAUAGCACAAUGAAAGUCCUGUCUGCUGUCCAUCUUUGCAGGGUGCUACGACAGUGUCAUGUACUUCAUCAUCAUCAGUAAUAGCUUAUUUUACAAUGUGUGUGGACCAAACAUCAGUCGUAUUAUAGAAACGGAUAAAAAGGACAAGCCAACCGUUAGCAUCGUUUAGGUUUUUAACUAUGAAUGUGAGUAUCUAGAAUUGUACUUCUGUCUAUUGAUGUCUUUUGAUAUAUAAGUAUUUACAUUAGGGUUUAUUUUCUCUGCUACGCUAUCCCAGAGUUUUGUGCUCAGUCACAGAACUAAAGUGUUGUAACUAACCCCAGAAACCAAAAAAGAAAAGAAAACGAAGUAUAUAUAUGUUGCACUGAACACUGUGUUUAUGUCUAAAGAAGUGGUCUAGAAGGGAAAAGGUCAAACGUAUUUAGCCCUAAGCAGCAACACAAAAUGCCUGGCAAUACAGUACCAUGUCAUUGAGUAGUAUGGUGACAUGCAGACCUGCAGUAUAACUUGUAUGUUGGACAGUAGUUGUGGUGCCUCUAUGUAUGGCUUAGCCCCUGGUGUGUAGAAACAAAAGGCAUGCGUCUGAGUUUUUGUACUCGGAAGCUUGAAAGCAACACUUGCAGUGUAAUUUCACGUUAUUCAAAACAAAAAAAAAGCUAUUUUUGAUACAACUAGUUUCUUAGUGAGUUAUAAGACCCAGUCACAUCUGUGAAACUGGUUGUUGGAGCAGUAACAGGCUGUUAGCUUGCUAACAAACGCUCAGUUAGUCUGCAUGGGUUAGUCUGCUCCGGUGGACAGCUUAGGCCUAUCUAUCUGCAUGAAUGCAGCACCUGCCUUACCUUCACCCACCACUAGUAGUGCAGCCCACCUUAGAGUAGCCCAGUGAAUUGGCCAGGGAGUCACCCAAUUUAAAAACACUGUUGGUUCCUGCAGGUACAGUGGGCGAUAAGAGACUUCCAUAUAAGAACACACUGUGAAAGGCUGACGUACACUAGCACAAUAGUUUACAGCACUCAACUCCGGCUGGCUCUAAGAGAGCGUUAGGUCAGUACUGGAGUGUUAGCUUAGCGAUACAUGGCUCUACCCAACAUAGCUUAUUGUUGAGUUAGCUAUCCUUGGCUCUGUCCUACAUAGUGAGCUUAUUGUUGAGUUAGCAAUACUUGGCCCUGCCGUGUCCUAUCAUAACCAUGCUGUAGUUAGGACAGGAAUGGUAGUGGAAGGAGUAGCAAAAACGGUCCUCACAAAGACCUGCUGGACACAAGCUAUAUUGAAAUUAGUCUCAGAAAUGGUGUUACUUAGGAAACAAAUGUAGGUUUUACUAAUUUCCCUUGCCAGCAAAGCACAGUGGUGAACAAUUUCGAAAUCGGAAACAUGAGUCUCAACAACGAUGGUGAACACGAAAGAGAGCUGUCAGAGAACGUUACAAAUCUGUCAGGCGGCAUCAUCAAUGCUUCUCUUUAUUUGUAUUCACUUGUCACUUAUUAGCCUUUUUUAACAAAACCCUUUGGUCUGGUUCCGGCACUGUCUAUGACUUACACGUGUUUCACGAUGGAACCAUGUAAUGUAUCAACUAAUUCUAAAAAUGAACAACAAGUUACACAACCAGGUAACCAUUUCCUCCCUGUACUGUUUUGUGUACAUCCUAUAGUACUCAGUCGCAGUAUUGUUUUUACAUAUGGAAGAAACUACUUGGACCCAAAGUCAAGAGGAAAAUAAAACAAUGAAAUGAUUA